AUGGUCGCCCCGUUAUCCGUGCUGGCGCCGACGGAGCCGGCAUACCUCGCCGCGCUGGCGCGGCAACCAAAGGACGCACGUCCGGACGAGACCUAUGAGAAACUCGAGAUGGUGGGCAAAGGCGCUUACGGCGCCGUAUACCAGGGUCGGCACAAGGAGAGCGGUCACGUUGUCGCGCUCAAGAUCAUCAACCUCGACACGGAGGACGACGACGUCAGCGACAUCCAGAAAGAAGUGUCGCUGCUUCAGCAGCUCAUGGACAGCUUUGCGGCGGGCUCGGGUGGGGCGGGCGCGAUGCCGAACGUCAUCAAGUAUUACGGGAGCAUGAUGGAGGGGCCCAAGGUGUGGAUCAUCAUGGAAUACGCUGAGGGAGGAAGUAUCAGAACAUUGUCGAGAGCCCAGCCGCUCAAGGAGCUGCAUAUCGCGCUGAUCAUGCGCGAGGUGCUUGUCGCGCUCACGUUCUUACAUAAGAACGUCAUCAUCCACCGAGACAUCAAGGCGGCUAACAUCCUCAUGACGACGCAGCCCCCUCGUAUCUUGCUGUGCGACUUUGGCGUCGCCGCGCUCCUAGCUUCAAACACUUCCAAGCGCUCGACGUUCGUCGGCACGCCGUACUGGAUGGCGCCUGAGGUUGUCACACAAGGGCGUCUCUACGACGUCAAGGCAGACAUCUGGUCGCUGGGCAUUACCCUGCUCGAGAUGGCACAUGGAGAGCCACCGAUGCAUGGUCAGCCUGCCACACAUGCCGUCAAGAUCCUAGGCGACAAGAAGCUGCGCGCACCCCGUCUUGAAGGCGGGACGUGGAGCAAGGAGAUGCGCGACUUUGUCGUGGCGUGCCUCAACGAGGAGCCAGCAGACCGACUCAGCGCCGAGGAUCUGAGCAAGACCAAGUGGAUCCGGCAGCAGGCCAAGACGCCCCUAACAACCUUGAACGAGCUCAUGGUCCGCUUCCAGGCGUGGAAGGAGGGCGGGGGGCAACGUAUGUCCCUUGCGCCUGGAGUCGGGGCGCAGAUCGACGACGACGCGGCCAGCGUCGACGGCGAUGACUGGAGCUUCACAGUCCGCUCGAGAAUGAGCAUGUUUGAGGUGCCGGACGAGCCAAGCAAGAUGCCUCCGCCCGAGAGCCUGCGCCGGCUCUUCCAGGACGAUGGAACGACUGAUCCCUUCAAGAGCUUUGCGCCGGUGACGCUGGAGCCCGCGUCGUCAUUGUCAGAGGAACCGGAAGAACUGGAAGGCUCGGACGCCGGCGGGACAGUGCGGCAAAGCCGCAAGCCGCGACACCUGUUUAUCGUCACGAACCCGUCCAACCCCACGGCGGAGGGAGAAAGCGCGCAGUCGACUCCACUCGCGCGGCCGAAGCCGAGUGUGGACACGUUCGCGUCUGCGCCCACAAUGCGGACGGGGCCGACACCAGAGCCGUCCUCAGCUGCAGCUCGCCGGCGACCCUCAGGCUCUGACGCCGCAUUGAGAGGCUUCCAGUUCCCACUCAUGGCGGGUGCCAAGGCCCCUCCUCCACAGUUCCCCAAAGCGCAGGCACAGUUCCCCAAACCUACCGCCGACGAGCUGAGUCCCCUCGACCAGCCUGCGCCGCCGUUCGCGCGCCCGGCGAUGAUGCGCCAGGCCUCCGCGACAGUUAUGGAGGGCCGCGCGGCCAAGGAGACGCACGCACAGGCCCAGGCGCAGCUAGUGGCAGAGGUGCCCGCGUCGCCAACCAAGAUCCCGGGCCUGGGGGUACCCGGCAAAGGGGCAGCGAUGAUGCGCUCGCGCUCCGGCUCGCGCGUCGACGACAGCCAGGUCGGCCUACGCGACCUGCUCAAGCUCUCCCCCGCGGUGCCAGAGAGCGCGGACCUACUCCCUCCCUCACCCAGCACGAUGGCGCUCAAGCCGUUCGUCGCUUUGCCGAGUCCACUAGGGCUAGGCGAACAAGCACCGGGGACUUUCCUGGCUGGUGCUGCCUUCAACCCGAGCAACGGGUUUCCAAGUACGAACUUUGGGUCAGGUUUGGGGGGACUGGGAAUGGGCAUGACGAGCGUCAGCACGCCGGCACUCGUCGCGUCCCCCCUCAACCACUCGUCCACUUCCUUGCCGUCUUUGCUCCCCAGUCCUGGGCUGGCGCAGUUCAACGGACCACGCCCGCUCGACCUCCCACGCCUGGACGACGUGGGCGCCGCAACGGCCCAGCUCGAGACGACCGUUGAAGAGCUGCGCCGGUGGCUUGACAUGGUGGCUAGCGGGCUGGACCACCUCCUCCGUGUUGGUGAGGACGGGGACGAGGAGGGUGUGGUUGCGUAG